GUAGGUCGAGUGGAUUUGCCCAACAGAGAUGCUCACACACGUCGGAGUGAGGGAGAGAGAGAGUUGCAGAAACAAACAGUGCAGACCUGGCAGACAGACACAGCGGUGUGCAGAGAAAUUUUGGUUUUAAGACCUUUCUCUAGAAAGAGCGACUCGUCGGCAGUUUGCUCAUUCACGCCAGACUCAUAGCUAUUCUACUAAAAUAUCUAGGAAAAUCAUCCUGACUUCUACUGCCUUUUGGCUUCAGGUGAGUUGACGCAGCGCGGACCUGUUGGUUCACUUUGGUUUGAAACCUUCAAACUUUCAAACUCACGCAAACUCUGCAAAACACCGCGGAGAAGUCAAUGUAGGGACGUGAGAUGCGGAGGGAGCAGCCUGCCCAGCAGUGAGAGGAUGAUGUAAACCAUAACUGACUACCAAUUUCUCUUUCUCAAACACACGUGAAUCAGCAGCAGCGCGUCCAUGUCCAGGCUGCAGCCAGCAUGACUCUGUCCGGCGGUUUGUCGGAUACUUGUCAGCUCAUUUUACGCGACCGCAUGGAGCCGGAGCUGUGGAAAUAAGACUUCAUCCAUGUAUUCUGGGGAAUAGUUGUUGCAACACGUUGUGAAGCAAACACACGCUACCGUGCACACUUCGGAGAGAGCUACGAUGCGGGGUACUUUGGGCGCAUUCAUUCAGUCAUGUCUGCUACUCCUGGUCCGAGCUGACCCGUGGAGGUUGAAGGACUCCGCCAACUGCGAGCUCAACAGGAAACAAACUGACCUAAACUCCUUCCUGUGGAUGAUCAAACGGGACCCUCCUUCAUAUUUCUAUGGCACAAUCCAUGUUCCCUACACGCGUGUUUGGGACUUCAUCCCCGAAAACUCCAAGCAGGCCUUCCAGGAGAGCAACAUUGUCUACUUUGAGCUGGACUUGACAGACCCUUACACCAUCUCAGCCCUGACCAGCUGCCAGCUGCUUCCUCAGGGCGAGAACCUACAGGAUGUCCUGCCCAGAGACAUCUAUCGGAGACUUAAAAGACACCUUGAGUAUGUAAAGCUCAUGAUGCCUUCAUGGAUGACCCCGGACCAGAGAGGGAAGGGACUCUACGCAGACUACCUCUUCAACGCCAUCGCUGGGAAUUGGGAGAGGAAGCGGCCAGUUUGGGUGAUGCUGAUGGUGAAUUCGUUAACCGAGGCAGAUAUUAAGACACGAGGGGUGCCGGUGCUGGACUUGUACCUGGCCCAGGAGGCAGAGAGGAUGAGGAAGAGGACGGGGGCUGUGGAGAAGGUGGAGGAACAGUGCCAUCCGCUCAAUGGGCUCAACUUCUCCCAGGUGAUCUUUGCUCUGAACCAGACGUUAUUACAGCAGGAGUCUUUAAGGGCGGGAAGCCUACAGGUCCCGUACACCACUGAAGACCUCAUCAGGCACUACAACUGUGGAGAUCUCAACUCCAUCAUCUUCAAUCAUGACACCUCACAGGUCCCUAACUUCAAUAACGUGACGCUGCCACCCAGCGAGCAGGUGACCGCCCAGGAAAUAGACAGCUACUUUCGACAGGAGCUCAUCUACAAGAGGAAUGAGAGGAUGGGAAAGAGGGUCAAGGCACUGCUGGAGGAACACCCAGACAAGAGCUUCUUCUUCGCCUUUGGAGCAGGUCACUUUCUUGGCAACAAUACAGUCAUUGACGUGCUUCGUCGCCAGGGAUACGAGGUGGAGCACACCCCUGCUGGGCAGACCAUAAACAGGAGGUUAUCCAGACCUGCCUCGCCAGAGUCAGAAGACCACCAUGAUGAGCCACCUCUCUUGGAGCCUUUCCUUCAUGAGCUCCCCGACAAAGAGGAUGAUCAGGGGGCGUCCCUAGAGGAGGAUCUGUUACCUCACAUGCUCCUGCCACCAGAUAGCCUGGAGCUGCUGGAGAAAGCAGAGAGGAGGAUGCUAAAAAAAAAGAGAAGGAACAAGCAGAAGAAACAGCGACACCGGCAUUUUAACGACCUCUGGGUUCGCAUCGAGGAGAGUACUAUGGUCCAGUCUCCGCCUCCCCCACUUGUUCGCAUCAUCAAUGGUUACAUCACAGUGCAGCCACCUGACAGAGUGCACAACCACUACAACUACCAUCACAUAUCUUCGGCAUCUACCAACUCCUCGUCCUCACCAUCUUUACUCGUCUUCCUCUGCACAUUGCUUACAGUGCAGACGUGUACUGUGUUCCUCUAGUAGAGCAUUAAUUGGCCCUCUUGAGUAUAAACUCAAGUGUGGUGGUUUCAUGUAUCAGCUCAUGUGCAGUGAGGUCUGAUCAUGCAUCAUAAUUCUGCAAAUGAGGGUGGUGACUCUCAGAGACAAGAAAAAACGUGGAGAAAUGAUGUGAAAUCAGCACAAGCUGUCAGGUAACAGUACACUCCAUGGAUGUUAUGUUAGAUAAAGUUUGUGUUGUUGGGACUGAAUGGUAAAUCAUGUCAAUAGGGCAUGUCUCUUACAAAUGGAGGCGGUUAUGAGCAUGUAAGUUCAUAUAACGCUAGGUUUCUUGGAACAGGUUUCAUAAGGUUUCCAUUAAUUUAGACACGCACAGCUGGAGCGAGGACACACAACGCAGCAGGAAAGAAACCAGAAAGCAUUAUCGGACAUCUCACUGACUUUACACAGCAUGUCAGCUGCAUUAUGGAUUACAGUGUUGAGUGUGACACUUGUCAUUCAACAUUCAGACCUCUGAGAAUAUAAGAUCUCACUGAAGUGACUGUUCAGUGAAUGAACACCAUCACACGUCAUCAUCCAAACUAUUGUUGAAUAUCAAAUACCUUCAAUAAGUAGAACUGGAACCAUAUGUCCUGUGUGUGUGUGUGUGUGUGUGUGUGUGUGUGUGUGUGUGUGUGUGUGUGUGUGUGUGUGUGUUUGGUUGCGUGUGAGACACACAAAGUCUAUCAGCUCUUAAACCCCCCCAGCCUUGCAAACAGAGGCGUUCCUUUUCAGAGCAUAAUUUAUUCUUCUAUUUUAGAAGAAUGUGUUUAAUGUUGCAUAAAAAUCUACUGUGGGGGAAAUUGUACAUAUUGUUUCUAAAUAUUAUAGAUGUAUUUUAGAAUUAUUACAAAAAUGAAAAUUAUCAGACAUUUUGUUGUUGUUUAUAUAAAUAUAUAAAUAGAUAUGCAGUAUAUUUUUGAAAAGAAAAUCAGGAACUAACCACCAUAGCCCGUGUCAUGUGUCUCACUGAAAUGGCAUUUUUGAAAGGGACAUAUGUUUGUACUUUCAGUAUUAGUGUUAUCACCUGCUUUGCUGGAUGUAUCUGCUGAAAUGAGUCAUGUUAUGUGUUUUUUGUCAAAUAGAGAUGUUUUGUUUAAUUUAUUUAACUACUAUAGUUUUGCUGUAGGCCAUAUGAAACAUUCCCAAUGGUUUUAUAUGUAUUUUAUGCAGUCUCUAUGAUGUCCAAAUGUGUUCUAUUAAAUGUUUUCAAGUAUGAUUCCAAAUGCAUAUGAUGGUGAUAAUAAUUCAGUUUUAAAUAAAUGAAGCCGUCUACACAGAAAGACCACAUACAGCAUAGUCCUUUAGGCUCUUCACAUUUCACUUAUGGCAUGAGAUGAUUGUAAUAGUAUUACCAUGACAAUAAUAAAAUAUUUAUCUAGACCAAAA